GGUGAGUAUAAAAAGCCUUGCUGUGAAGAAUUAGGAAAUAUUCCUGAGGAGAAAAUACACACCGAAAGAGAUAUUUCCAAGACUUCUCACUCCAUAAUUAUCUUUCACGACAGGCAGAUAAAACAAGCCCCAGGAUGAGGAGCCUUCUUCAGUUUCUGGCAGUCUGUGCUGCGGUCUCUUUCUGCGUCUGCUAUGAGUCUCAUGAAAGCACAGAAUCCGUUGAAGAUUUGUUUGUGCCUCCAAACCAAGCCAACUCGUUCAUCACGCCACAGAGGGGUAACGUAUACAACCCACCCAGAGGGAACGGCCACAACUAUUACAACUUCAUGAGGACGAUAAAGUCUCCAGCGGAGAGGCGUGCAGAGACCUGCGAGGACUACUCUCCCUGUCGCCUCUACGCCUAUCGCAACGGCUUUCAGCAGGCCUACCAGAGAUACUUUGCUGCUCGAAAUCAACCCCAGAGACCAGCCGGGACUCGUCGAUACUAAACAGAAAGUAUCUGCAGAAUUAUCAUUAUCGUCUGGGAAUGAAGGGCGUCCCUUCAUUCCACAUAUCACAACUUUUAUAUAAUUUAUGUGAUUGUUUUUGUGGCCUCUUCUGGAUGUGAAAUGAAUCCUAGAAGAAAAACACAUUUUUAUAAACAGCCAGUGUGGCUCACAACCCAUCAUUACACACGUGUAGACAUCCAUGGCCCUUCUCUUUGUGUAAUCUCAGGAUAACUUUUAUCCACUAUUAUCACACCUUCACAGCAUUUAUGAGCUUUAUCCACUUAUGUAUCCAGGCCAGCACUGCUCUCAGUGAUUGUUUCCAUCGCUUUGAAAAACUCAAAUAAA